GCUUGGCCCCUCCUCCCUCUUCCUCUGCCCUGCUCCCCUCCGCUUGCUCUUCCGCAGCGUGGCCCCCCCUCCACCCUCCGGCCAUGGCAGACAAGCCGCUCAAGCACAGCAAGAAGUCCAAGCGGUGCCUGCUGUGUGAGGCGCCCUUCUCCGGGGCGGCCGAGGGGGACCUGUGCCCCAUGUGCUCCAUGACCCCCCUGGCCCCCGUGCACACGGCAGAGCCCGGCAUGGAGAGCCGGUGGCGAGAGACCAGGGCCCCGUCCCCUGCGGGGAGCUGCGGCUCCGGGGACGAGACGCAGGGCCAGGAGCAAGAAGAGGACAAGGAGGAGACAGGACAGCAGCUCCUGGCCGAGUGGGUCUUUCCAGCUGAGCUGCCGGACGCAAUUCGCGGGAUGGAACCCCAGGGCUCUGCCAGGCUGAACUCCAGGAAAAGGAGAAAAGAAGGCGUGGGCCCCAACGGGGCGGCCGAAGCGGAUGGCAUCCCCUCCAAAAUGCCACGGAACUGCUUGGGUCUCAGGGAGCCAGCUCCAUUUUCCGAUGAGCUUGAAGUGGACUACAGCAAGCCAUACAUCCGAGUAACGUUUGAUGAAGCAUUAAGGGGGACGCCAUUGGACAGACCAGUCAGGGUUUACGCCGACGGAAUAUUUGACCUUUUCCACUCUGGGCACGCACGGGCCUUGAUGCAGGCGAAAAACCUCUUCCCAAACACGUACCUGAUUGUAGGGGUCUGCAGCGACGAGCUGACGCACAACUUCAAGGGCUUCACGGUGAUGAAUGAGGCCGAGCGCUACGACGCCGUGCAGCACUGCCGCUACGUGGACGAGGUGGUGAGGAACGCCCCCUGGACCCUGACGCCCGAGUUCUUGGCUGAGCACAGGAUCGACUUUGUUGCCCACGACGACAUCCCCUAUUCCUCCGCCGGCAGCGACGAUGUCUAUAAGCACAUAAAAGAAGCAGGAAUGUUCGCACCGACUCAGAGAACCGAAGGCAUUUCCACGUCGGAUAUCAUCACUCGCAUCGUCCGCGACUACGACGUCUACGCCCGGCGGAACCUGCAGAGGGGCUACACGGCUAAGGAGCUCAACGUCAGCUUCAUCAAUGAGAAGAAGUACCACUUGCAAGAGCGCGUGGACAAAGUGAAGAAGAGGGUGAAGGACGUCGAGGAGAAGUCCAAGGAGUUUGUGCAGAAAGUGGAGGAGAAAAGCAUCGACCUCAUCCAGAAAUGGGAAGAGAAGUCCCGCGAGUUCAUUGGCAACUUCCUGGAGAUGUUUGGCCCCGAAGGAGCUCUGAAGCACAUGCUGAAGGAGGGCAAGGGGCGGAUGCUGCAGGCCAUCAGCCCCAAGCAGAGCCCCAGCAGCAGCCCCACCCACGACCGCUCCCCCUCCCCUUCCUUCCGCUGGCCCUUCACGGCCCGGACGCCCCCCUCGUCUCCGGCCAACGUCCCCAGGAACAAGUCGGCGGUGGCCUACGACAUCAGCGAGGAUGAGGAGGACUAGAGAGCCUGGACCCCGCGGGGAUUUCUGCAAAUGCUGCUUCCUUGAUGAGUCCCGCCUCCAGGCAUGAAGAGAACCGCUGGCGAUGAGCGAGCGCCUCCCCCCAACCCGCCGCCAGAGGGCUGGGUCUGCCGUGUUAGCCCACCCACGCAGCGUCCUUCUCCUCCUCCUCUCUCGCUGAGGACUAGUGCCUUGGGGAGUGGGGCGCAUUGUUGGGUUUGAACGCCUUCCCCACUUCCCCUUUCAUUGGUUAUUUGCUGUCUUGUUUCUUGGGGGAAACGGGGGGAAGGUGGCUCCAAUUUUAAAGCAGGUGUAUUCCUUUUAAACUUUUAACCGGCCCCAGCCACUCGUGGAAAUGAGCGCUCUGGUUGGCGGGGGAAUUAGGGGGCUGGCAGAGCCGGGAGGCUGCCCUGCAGGCAAGCAUCGUUGCCUGCCUGUCCCCAAGUCCCAGGGUGCCUCCUGCCUCCUAUAGGCUGCCUCCAGUUCAAGGUCCUUGAGCCGGUGUGAAGUUAAGGCAGUGCAGGAAGCGGUUGCAGUAGAAAAUCUGUAAAGAGAGAGAGAGGUGGCGGCUGGCUGUGGAGUCACAAGAUGCUUUUUGGGAUGCCGGAGCGGAAGUUGGUCACCUUGCAAGCCCUUCUGUUCCCCCCGUUUGCUGGUCCUCCAGAAGAUAAGUGGGAGGGGAGGCUAUGCAAAAAAAGGGGGGGGGUGGAAGCAUGUCUGCAGAUUCCCACUGUAACCGCAGUGAGGUUGUUGGGUCGUCUGCUGCUCAGCCGCCUUUUCCUGCUUCUGGCGCACACAAUAAUAAAAGAAAAACUUCAGUUCGCUUCCCAAAUGGGCAAAGUUGGCUUAAAGUUCCUGUGGAUGUGCAGCAGGAGUAGCAAACCCCCCCCCCCCAGGCUUCAAAGGCAAGUUGCUUGCUGCCGAAUUGGAGGAGAGCAUCAGGCUAGCAUUGCGCGGCCCUCAGGUGGAAUGUCCGUUGCGUUGCAAAGCCAGGGCAGGGCUGAAUGGGUGGCACUCGCUCCGUAGCGUCCGGAAAAGCGACCCCGAUUCUCCCCAUUCUGAGACUUCUUGUUGGGCAGCGAAAACAAGGAAACUUGGGAACCUGUUAAAAGCUUAAAUUUUUGUCCCUUUUGCGUGUUGUGCUUUAUGCAAAGGUUUGUGACCCCUUUCCUGGCGCCGGGUGUUUGGUCUUCGUUGACGUACCCAUCUCGCCUUUGUUGACUUACCCAUCUCUUCUCAGAACGUCCCUACCUGACCCUAACGCCCUCCUGCCUCCCAGCUUCCAAAGUGCACGGUGCAGCUCUGUCUUAUCCUGCAACUCUGCUCUCCUGCCGGCCUGUGUCUGUCAUAAAUGCCCAGUGGUCAGGGCUUUGCUGCCCACCCCGCACCCCUUCAUGGGGAAGAGGGGAACCGCCCCGUUGUGCAACUAUGGCUGAGCGUGUGUGCUGUGCUCCCAGGAAAGACCAGCAGCAGCACAGAUCUAGCUCAGAGGGUGCAGCACACUCGUUGCGUCACCUCCAAAUCUUCUGGGUGUUCGAGUGCAAACCCUGCCAACUCUCAGCUCUGCCUUGAGUAAGGUGCAAAUUAAUAUCAAGCAAAACAGCUGCUCUUUCAGUGAACUGCCCGAUGUCUGGGGGUGCUCCUCCUGUUGGCUUUUGUUGUUAACUGUGUAAUAAAUGUUCAGAGUUAACUGUCAGCUCCACAUGGAUUUUCCCUGGAGUCAGUCCCUGCUUCUGAUGUUUCCCUGUCAAGAACGAUGCCAGCUGUCCCUUGACCAUGGACGACUGCCCGUCUGGGUUAUUUCAUGAGUUAAUGUUUUUCUUAAGAGAUUGUCUCUUUGUAGGAAAAUCAGCUUGUGAAAUGUCUCCGGGGGGGGGGAAUUAUUUGUGCUCUGGGAAUACGGAGCAGGCAGACAGCCUCUGCCACACUCUGUGAGCUCAGCGGGACAGCUUCAAGGCAUCUUGGCGCCCACACAUUUUCUGACAUGAAGAUUGUCCCUGGACAGGAACGGAGGUGUUGGCCAGAUUGCCACUGUGGUGGUCAGUCUGGGCUGUACACCGUCAGGAUUUUUGGUGGGAGCUCACAAAGCAGACAGCGCCAUGCUCUCUCUUCCCUGUGAGUUUCCCCUGGUGUCUUAAAAAUCUGAAGGAGAAUGCAUUUCUGUUCCUCAGCCUGCCUUCCCAUUCCACAGGGAGAGUCCUGGAAAUGCUGGAUUGCCCCGUUUUAACUCUUCAAAAGUGUGUUCAGUUGGAUUGUUUUGAGACGCACUUCUGAACAUUUGCACACUGUAUAAAGUUGAUUCACAGACGCAGGAACUGAGCUGCCGCAAGGCAGAUUUCCCUUCCACGUUAUUCAUGCGGUAAAAUGUGCUUCUGAAAGUUUUCCCCAGUGCCGCAAAAUUGCCGUGGUACACGUGGCCUUGGGAUAAUUUGUGUCUUUUCCUUUGAGGGAGCUCUUCCAAAAGAUCAUUUUGCCAUGAAAACAGCGAGUUGGAGUGGAACGGCACCUCAGGGUGGCUCUUUUGCCCCAGAAUUUGUCUCCCAAACCGGCUCAUCUGGAGACUGCUUUGGGAACAGGAGUGUCAAUGGCCCUAAAGGAAAGACACUUACGGAGCCAGCCAUUCCGAAAUGAUACUUGCAAAGGUCACUACAAAAGCCGAUAAAUUUGUUGGGUGACUUUAAAAAAAAACGGGAUUUGGGGUGCUGAAAUAGUGACUGCUACAUAUUGCAUUAUACCAGUGGUCCCUCUCUCUAAGAUGUAGGUUUGUAUAUCAACGGUAGCAUUGAAAGAUGUAGCCUGUGUGCUUGACUCUGUUUUGUGCCCUUUUCAAAAGAAACCCAAAGGCCAGUACUCUUAACAGUACUUCGGCCCUGCGAAAUUACUGUACAAAAGUGGGUUUUGGUUAGGCACGUGCACAAAUCUCACACACCUGUAGUUGUAAGUGAUGGCCCCUACACGGGUGUUGCUACACAACGUAGGCCCUUCACAGAACAACCUGCUUGCAGCAUUUGUGCAGAUUUAUGUCGUCAUGUGUGAAGCACAGCCCUGUUGCCUCUGAAUGAACUCACCUGGGCACUGUGUGAUGCACCCCUUUUAGCAAUAUUUGGAGGUUUCCAUACUUCCCAGAGUCAGGGGGAGAAAAUAGGCAAGGGUUAUUAACUUCUUUGCAUCCAGAAGCAAAUAGUUUUCCAGGGCCACCACAUGCAUUUAGCCAGAAAUUGCAUUUCCUUCCUUUGCAGCUGAACAUGUGGUGGAAAUGUCAUUGAACUCUUCCACCCAUACAGCUGCACUCAUUAUUCAUAUAACUCUUUAGUCCUCAACACAGGUUUUUUUAAAUAAAAAAAGGGUCGUAAUUGGGGAGGAACCGCUACACAGGGCAACCUCUGACUGUCCCAAGUUUCCACCCAGAGCAGAGUCCUUGUGCUCUGGCCGAUGACAGUAUUGUUAUGAGUCCCAUAAUGGAUUUGAAAAGCCACAUGGUGGUACUUCACAUAUGCUAGCAGAGCAUCGUGGGACCCAAGCCAUGUUUGGGCAGCUUUCAUGCCACUCCAGUAACAUCCAAACCAACCUUUCGUUGGCCAUGUGAGAGUUGCAGAAUUGAGGCACCUUCUGACAGCCGUCCAUCCUGAAAAUACCAGCAUUGAAGCAUCUUGUACAUUGGACCACUUGAAAAAUGGGCCUUUGUGAAACUCCCUUCUUGCAUUGUGGGGCCUCAGUGGCACAUAAUUUCCGUUCCCUAUUACAGCUGCUGUGUUUUCCUAAAAGCCAUAUGAGAUCUGGUCCUAUCACUGCAUUGUCGCAGGGUUUCUAGCCAAGUCUUAAGGCUGCCCAGUUCAGGCCUUUGAGACCAGCUCAAUUCCUCAGUGACCGCCCUGCAUCGUAAAGUUUCAUCCAGGCUAGCUCUCCUUUUUCAGAGAGGAGCAAACAUGUCUGUGGUAGAAACAGUUACCAGUUUUUUAGCACUAAUAAACAGGAAGAAUUAAGGGGUUUUUUAGUUUCCCCAACCUUCCUUGCUCGUUGGCUUAGCAAAGACCUGGAAGAUCUCUCUUUAAGGAGCCAGGUUUUGACACUAGAUGGUUUGAGCUGCAUGAUGUCAAGAUUUCCUAUGCUGGGCAAAUGCCAUUCAUGGUGUCCUUUGCAGGGAAGCCAACGUAAAAACACCCAAACAGAAAUCUUUAACUGGUUGCCUCAACAGAGCUCUCUCUAGCCACAGAGACUGGUGGUGAUGGACAUUUCUCUCCUAGCCAUGCCUCUUUCAAUCAGUGUUAAGUGUCCCAGUUUCCUGUCUCUGUGAAUCGCAAGCUCCCGGUUCUGCUGCAAGCUGAAUGGGGGUUGUUUUGUGCGUUCUUCCUUUUUUCUUCCACUUAUGCGUUUUAGCCAAAUAAAUGUCAUUUUACCCAAAAUA